AUGGUCACAAUGGCUUCGAAUGGACUGCCCGUGCCCGCUCACAACAGCAACUACCUCGAAAACGGCCGCUACUACCACGGCUACCGGAGAGGCAUGUACCAAUAUCCGUGUGACGAGCCCGAAAAAGACCGCAUGGACAUCUACCACAAGCUCUUCUCCGUAGCCCGCCGCGACCUGCUGCACCAAGCCCCUGUCCCACACAGCGGGGAAACCCGCAUUCUUGACCUGGGAACCGGCACCGGCAUCUGGGCGAUCGACAUGGCCGACAAAUUCCUGAACGCAGAGGUCUUGGGCUUGGAUCUCGUCAACAUCCAGCCGGAAAGAAUCCCCCCCAACUUGCGUUUCCGUGUACCACGCGACUACGAGAGUCCGUGGUCGCUAGGCGAGGACUCGUGGGAUCUGAUCCACCUACGAAUGGCCUGCGGUAGCGUCACAAGCUGGCCAGAGCUGUACCAAAAAGUCUUCUCACAUCUCAAGCCAGGCAGUGGUUGGAUAGAGCACGUUGAGAUCGACAUGCAGCCGCGCUGCGACGAUGGCACACUCGACCCCAAAGGGAAGCUCGUCCAGUGGUACGGCUACCUCGCAGACGCUACAUGGCGAGUCUCACGCCCCAUUGCCUACGACCAUCGGACCCGCCACAACCUGCAAGCUGCCGGCUUCAUCGACAUUCAGGAAACCGUCAUCCGCGUUCCCUACAACUCAUGGCCCAAUGAUCCCCACCAAAAGGACAUUGGCAGGUGGUACAACCUAGGCAUCACCGAGGGGCUCGACGCACUGUCCUUUGCUCCGCUCACAAGAGUCUACCAGUGGGAUCUCAACGCCCACGUCAAACCGCUCCUCGAGGGCGUCCGCAAGGAGAUCUGUAAUCGCAAAAUUCAUGCGUACAACAACAUACACAUUUGGACCGCCCGCCGACCGCAGCAGUAG